CAGGAAGUGGUGAGAUUUCCCCUUCCCACUCCCCCAGUAAAGCCGAGACCUAGUCUCUUCUGCUUACGCUAACUGCCACAGCUGGAAGGUGUCUGCCGGAGUGUGCUGCCUCUUCAACUCCAGUCAUGCCGGGCCCUACUCCCAGUGGUACCAACGUGGGCGCCUCGGGCCGGUCUCCCAGCAAAGCUGUGGCUGCCAGAACCGCGGGAUCCACAGUCAGGCAAAGGAAAAAUGCCAGCUGUGGGACAAGGAGUGCAGGCCGUACUACUUCAGCAGGCACAGGGGGGAUGUGGAGGUUCUACACUGAAGAUUCCCCUGGGCUCAAAGUUGGCCCUGUUCCAGUAUUGGUAAUGAGUCUUCUGUUCAUUGCUUCAGUAUUUAUGUUGCAUAUUUGGGGCAAGUACACACGUUCAUAGACUCAGCUGCAUCCAUCUUUCUGUCAACAAUUAUAUUCUGGACCAAAAGCUUGGUGGACUUUAUAUGCAUGGAAAGAGAAGUUUUUUGAAAGCUUACUGUUUUAUAAGGAAUUAAAAAAUAUAUGUUGAUUUUUCAACACCUUUAAAAAUUUGUCUAUUUAAAAUUCCUUUGUAUUAGGUCUGUUUUCUGAAGCCCAUCUGUCACAAGUUUCAUAUGCCUAAAGAUUUGCAGGUUAGGCAUAAUAAAAUGGCAUGUACAAAUGGAA